AUGGCGUCUGACUGGCAGGACAGUCUGACUUUACUGGAAAGUAUGGACUACAUGUUGACCAAUGAGGUUGACUGUGACAUCUCUUUUAAGCUGGGGAAGACGGGAUCUGAUAUCGUUUCCGCACACAGGUUUGUCCUGGCCAGUAGGAGUUCAGUAUUUCGGGCAAUGUUGUACGGUCCCCUGGCGGAAAAAGGCUGUUCAGUUGAAAUUCCAGACGUAGAAAGUGACAUUUUCAGAUGUUUCCUUAGGUAUUUAUACACAGACAAAUGUGUGAUGACGCCAGAUAGCGUGGCCGCCCUGAUGUAUACAGCCCAUAAAUACAACGUUAGACGUCUGGUCAAUGAAUGUGGUCAGUUCCUGAUGAAGAACAUGUCAACAUCCAACGUGUGUACUGUAAUGGAGCACGCUUAUUUGUUUGACGACAGCAAAUUACGUCAGAACAGUCUAGACUUUAUAGAAAACCACAGUAUAGACGUCAUAAAAGAUAAGCUUCUCACAGACCUAGGGCGAGAAUGUCUGGGUGAUGUUCUCCGAUCUGACAAACUCGGGGCCAAUGAAGAGGACAUCUUCGCUGCUGUUCUCUCUUGGUCAGACUAUCGAUGUACAGAGAAGGGUCUAGAAGUGAACGACUCCAAUAGACGACAGGUCCUGGGAGAUCUUCUCUACUUAGUAAGGUUUCCACUUAUGAAUCCUAAAAUGUGCGUAAAUAUCGUUGAGAAUCACGCUAAACUUCUUACAGCAGAAGAACAAAAUCAAUUAUUGAAAGGACACAUAACCAACGAUUUCUCAAAGACAGGAUUUUCAUCUAAAAAGCGGAAGUACCCACAAAGGGUAUGUUAUAGGUUCAGGGAGAGCAAUAUGUGUGGUAGAUGGUCGUAUAACGCACCUGAUACAUUACAGUUCAAGGUUUCUGAAGCUGUAUACAUCACAGGUGUUGUUCUUUUCGGAAAUACUGGUUCCACGUACAACGUUAUCGCAGGUAUCCUGGAAUGUGGUGAAGUGGUUCAUACACGUGUGACUUUAGAUUCAAACACAUUUCAGGUAAUGUUCAAUACACCUUUUUCUGCAAAACCUGACACAUAUUACACGCUGAAAGCAGAUCUGCAAUGCGGUCCUCGUGGGAUUGCCGGUCGGAACGGAAUGAUAAAUGUUACAUGUAAAUCCACAGUGUUCACAUUCCAAACCGCCCCGACACCUACCAACGGUACUGACAACACUAAAGGACAGAUAUACGGUAUUAUAUUCGAGAAAAGAUAAUUGAUACACUUAACUGGAAACAAUACACAUAUUAAAACUGUACAA